CUUGAUCAUGGUCGGCACCCUCCCCAGUAGGCGGCGACUCAGCGCAUAUAAACUAGACAAGCUCCCCAGUCCUCUCCAACUUCGUAAAGGCGUCCAUUAUCCCAUUUCAAAGUAAUCGGCAAUAUGAAGUUUUCCAUUGCUUCCCUGCUUGCGCUGGGCACCACGGCAUUGGCCUCCUCGGCCUCCGUCUGCCCUUCAACCAACGCCCACACCAGUGGCAAAGAGCUCCAGAAGAUCCUCGACUACAAGAAGAGCAGCCACCAAAUUACUGCGGCCUACUUCCGCUCCUGGAGAGACAUUGCCAGCAACAAGACCGUCAACAAGAAUGCUCUGACCGAUCUUCCCGAUUGCGUUGACAUUGCGUUCGUGUUCGCCGAGGGCGACGAGCCUGCCGCGUACUACACCACGCUCAAGAACACCUACGUCCCUACGCUUAGAGCCCGUGGCACAAAGGUCAUCAGAACCCUCGGCAUUAAGCUUCUUGCCGACAAGGCUUACACCAACGAUGCUAAGGGUUAUGCGUCGCUCGCUCAGCACCUUAUCGAUACCUACGUCACUGCACACGGUCUGGACGGCCUCGAUAUCGACGUCGAGGGCUACCUCGAUGCCUCUCAGCAGAAGCAGGUCAUUGGCGUUUUCGGCGAGCUGUCCAAGUCUCUUGGCCCGAAGUCUGGCACCGAUAAGAUUUUGAUCUACGACACCAACCAGGAUGGCGACACCGAUCUCUUCAGCGCUGUCAACUCUUACGUCAACUACGUCCUUGUCCAGUCCUACGGCAGAAGCGUGAGCUCUCUUCAGGGAACCUGGGAUACCUUCAGCCCGUACAUCAAGAGCAGCCAGUACCUGAUUGGCUUUUCCUUCUACGAGGAGCGCGGUGCCAGAUGGGGCGAUACCACCACGCCCAUGAACAAGAGCAGAGCCUACCAGUACGCUGCUUGGCAGCCCAAGGGAGCCACCAAGGGUGGUAUUUUCUCCUAUGCCACGGACCGUGACGGUGUAAAAGAGGGUAGCGACGACCUUGUUGCCACUGACUUCUCCUGGACCCGUUCUUUCAUCUCCCAGAUGAACCCUUAA